AUGGAAAUGGAGGGAACAGAGGGGCAUAGGUCCCCUGCAGUUACUUCUUCAUUUCUUCUCUUUCUUUUCCUUUACUCACGCAGUUUUUCCCUUCAAAAUGACCAACUGAUUCUUCGAUCGACGCCAUUGAUAAAGAGCUUGAAUUUCGCUAUGAAUUUUAAGUUUACGGUUACUCUGUUUCUUGCGGUUACUCUUGUCUUUGCUCUUUGUGAAGCUCUUAAGGAAGGACAAAGUUGUGUAGCCAAUGGAAACUGUGAUUCAGGGCUACAUUGCGAGACUUGCCUUGCAAAUGGCAAUGUCCGUCCGCGUUGUACUCGACUUCUGCCUGUCAAUCCUCUUUCAAAGGUGAAAGGAUUGCCGUUUAAUCGGUACUCUUGGCUGACGACGCACAAUUCUUUUGCCAAAUUGAAAGCGAAGUCCGGGACAGGAGGUGUAAUAUUAGCUCCAAUGAAUCAGCAGGACACCAUCACCGAACAGCUAAAUAAUGGUGUUAGAGGUUUAAUGCUUGAUAUGUAUGACUUUGACAAUGACAUCUGGCUAUGUCACUCAUUUGGAGGGCAAUGCUACAAUUAUACAGCUUUUCAAACUGCAAUCAAUGUCUUGAGGGAGAUAGGAGUGUUUCUUGAAGCAAACCCUUCAGAAAUUGUUACGAUUAUAAUUGAGGACUACGUAAGAUCGCCGAAUGGCCUAAACAAGGUGUUUGAUGCGGCUGGGCUUAGAAAAUUCUGGUUUCCAGUUUCUCGGAUGCCUAAAAAUGGUGGAGAAUGGCCAACUGUAGCUGAUAUGGUUCAGCACAAUCAGCGAUUGGUUGUCUUCACAUCUAAGUCUGCCAAAGAAUCCUCAGAAGGCAUUGCUUAUGAGUGGAGAUACUUGGUAGAAAACCAAUAUGGAAAUGGUGGCAUGAAACCCGGUUCUUGUCCAAAUCGUGCAGAAUCAUCUGCUAUGAGCGAUAAGUCAAGGUCGUUAGUCCUUAUGAACUACUUUACUGAUGCCCCAGAUUUUGCUCAAGCUUGCGAGCAUAAUUCAGCCCCACUCAUUGACAUGAUGAACACAUGCAAUGAAGCCGCUGGUAAAAGGUGGCCUAACUUCAUUGCUGUUGAUUUUUACAGGAGAAGUGAUGGAGGUGGAGCCCCUGAAGCUGUAGACUUGGCAAAUGGACAUCUAGUCUGCGGGUGUGCAAACAUUGCCUCUUGCAAGGAGAAUAUGACUUUUGGAGCAUGUGAUCUACCUGAACCAAGCAUUUCUCCAAAAACACCAGCAGCGGCAGAUAAAAAUGUAACGAGCUUUUCAAAUUUGAAUUUCCAACCAAAGCUGCAAUGGUUGUUGGGAACAACAUUAGUAUCUUUUUUCUUAUUGUUAAAUUGAGGACCAGCAGCCUAAACAAGUUUAUAUUUGCUUCUCAAGCAUUAAGGAUUAGAUUUUACUGAAAGCAUCUGUAGAGAAAAAGGGAAUAUUCUGUAGUAGGUGAUUAUCACCACCACACAAACUAAUUAGCAAUAGUUAAUCUUCUGACGUACUUUCGGAUUUUAGAGAAUUGGAGCUAAGGAGUCUGAAUGGUGUGUGGAUCAAUUGUGAAAAAACUGUGCAUCUUUCCUUUAGUAAAACGGUUGAUGUGAAGUUAGUUUAGCUUA